AUGGCUCCUCCCAAACCCCCAAAAAGUCCUUCGAUGAAUCCAACCCCUACACCAUUAUCUUCUCGAGCAAUCUCGGUUAUAAUUCCACAGCAUAAUCCAGUUUCUUCUCAUUCAAAUAUUACAGAAAAACAUGAUCAGCUUUCUCGUGAAGUUGUCUCUUCCUUAAAAAUUUCUUCUUCCCAUUCUUAUUCUACAAUAAUUCCUGACGAACAAAUUGCCGAAAUUGCCUCUUGGAUUGAUAAUCGUUCGUCACCCUAUGAUACAUCAAAUAAUCCUUACGAAUUUCAAUUGAUUCUUCGUGGUAGUCGUGAUGGUUUUAAUUAUAAAACUUUUUGGGAUUUAUGUGAUAAACAAUCUCAUACAGUUGUUAUAUUAAGAAUUAACGAAUCUAAUGAAAUCUUAGGUGGUUAUAAUCCUUUAGAAUGGGAUAAAAAAAAAUAUAGAGGAUGGAGUAAAACCAAUGAUAGUUUUAUUUUCAAAUUAGGAAUUGAUAAUUCAUCUGAAACUAUUCUUAGUAGAGUUCAAAAUCCUGAUCAAGCGAUAUUUGAAUCUUAUUAUGAUGAAAAUGGUCCUAAUUUUGGUGGUAGCGCUCUUAGGAUGAAAGAUAAUUUCAGAAAUGAUAAAUCUUGUGUUUGUUUGGGUCAUAAAGGGUACGAAAAACCUAUUAGAACUACUAAAACUCCGUUUUCUGUUGAUGAGUAUGAAGUAUUUAAAGUAGUAAACAAACCUGGCUCAAAAAUUCCUGGAUAA